CCCGGCCGCGGGCGGGAGGCGGCAGCGGCGCGGGCCGAGCGGCGCGGGGAUUGGCUGCGGCGGGCGGAGACGUCAGGCUCCCGCGGCCCAAGCGGCCGCCCGGAGCGGCGCGGCGCAGUCGGCUCGAGUACUCCCCGUAACGAGGAGGUGUUCUCGGCCGUCCCACCGUCCACUGCCGUCUCCGGGCUGCGCCGCCGGAGCCGGGACGCGCCUCCGCUGCCCUCGCCGCCUCCAUCCCCGCGGCCGCAGCUCCUCUCGCCGUCCGCGCGCACACCAUGACGAAGAACGAGAAGAAGUCCCUCAACCAGAGCCUGGCCGAGUGGAAGCUCUUCAUCUACAACCCGACCACCGGAGAAUUCCUGGGGCGCACCGCCAAGAGCUGGGGUUUGAUCUUGCUCUUCUACCUAGUUUUUUAUGGGUUCCUGGCUGCACUCUUCUCAUUCACGAUGUGGGUUAUGCUUCAGACUCUCAACGAUGAGGUUCCAAAAUACCGUGACCAGAUUCCUAGCCCAGGACUUAUGGUUUUUCCAAAACCAGUGACUGCAUUGGAAUAUACAUUCAGUAGGUCUGAUCCAACUUCGUAUGCAGGGUACAUUGAAGACCUUAAGAAGUUUCUAAAACCAUAUACUUUAGAAGAACAGAAGAACCUCACAGUCUGUCCUGAUGGAGCACUUUUUGAACAGAAGGGUCCAGUUUAUGUUGCAUGUCAGUUUCCUAUUUCGUUACUUCAAGCAUGCAGUGGUAUGAAUGAUCCUGAUUUUGGCUAUUCUCAAGGAAACCCUUGUAUUCUUGUGAAAAUGAACAGAAUAAUUGGAUUAAAGCCUGAAGGAGUGCCAAGGAUAGAUUGUGUUUCGAAGAAUGAAGAUAUACCAAAUGUAGCAGUUUAUCCUCAUAAUGGAAUGAUAGACUUAAAAUAUUUCCCAUAUUAUGGGAAAAAACUGCAUGUUGGGUAUCUACAGCCAUUGGUUGCUGUUCAGGUCAGCUUUGCUCCUAACAAUACUGGGCAAGAAGUAACAGUUGAGUGCAAGAUUGAUGGAUCAGCCAACCUAAAAAGUCAGGAUGAUCGUGACAAGUUUUUGGGACGAGUUAUGUUCAAAAUCACAGCACGUGCAUAGUAUGAGUAGGAUAUCUCCACAGAGUAAAUGUUGUGUUGUCUGUCUUCAUUUCGUAUCAGCCGGACCUUCCAUUCUAGAAUUAUGAGAUCACCUUGGAGAAAGGUGUGUGGUACAUGACACUGGGUUACAUCAUAACGUGCUUCCAGAUCAUAGUGUUCAGUGUCCUCUGAAGUAACUGCCUGUUGCCUGUGCUGCCAGUGUACAGUCGCCAGAUAGGGACCGGUGAACACUUGAUUCCAAACAUGUAGGAUGGGGGUCUUGUCCUCUUUUUAUGUGGUUUAAUUGCCAAGUGUCUAAAGCUUAAUAUGCCGUGCUAUGUAAAUAUUUUAUGGAUAUAACAACUGUCAUCUUUUGAUGUCAACAGAGUUUUAGGGAUAAAAUGGUACCCGGCCAACAUCAAGUGACUUUAUAGCUGCAAGAAAUGUGGUAUGUGGAGAAGUUCUGUAUGUGAGGAAGGAAAAAAGGAAAAUAAAAGUGUAUUUGAAAAAUAUUA